AUGUCGGACAUCGAAGAUGAGAUGGAUAUCGAUGUCCAGCCAGCAAAACACUCAAUCUCCUCCAGCUUGGAAGAUGUAAAGGGCAAAAGAGUUCAGGCGGAUUUGCCCGUGGAAGCUGAAGAUAACCUCCCAUGGGUCGAGAAAUACCGCCCAAGCACCUUGGACGACGUUUCCGGCCAUCAAGAUAUAAUUGCGACUAUAAAUCGAUUCAUCGAGUCAAAUCGACUACCUCAUCUUUUACUCUACGGCCCACCAGGAACAGGCAAGACUUCCACGAUAUUAGCCCUCGCCCGGCAGAUAUACGGCGUUAAAAAUGUGCGACAGAUGGUUUUGGAGCUCAAUGCUAGUGACGACAGAGGCAUUGACGUUGUGCGAGAGCAGAUCAAGACAUUUGCCAGCACGAAACAAAUAUUCUCGAUGACGCCCGGCGGCCAGGCGGGCUCCAAGCUCGGGGCGUUCAAGUUGAUUAUCCUGGAUGAGGCCGACGCGAUGACCGCAGCUGCGCAGAUGGCCCUUCGGCGAAUUAUGGAAAAAUAUACCGCCAACACUCGAUUCUGCAUUAUUGCGAACUACACACAUAAGCUCACUCCUGCGCUGUUGUCGAGAUGUACUAGAUUUAGAUUUAGUCCGUUGAAGGAGCAGGACAUCCGGGUAUUAGUGGACCAAGUCAUUGAGAAGGAGCAAGUGCGGAUACAACCAGACGCAAUCGACAGCCUAGUGAGACUGAGUAAGGGCGAUAUGCGACGAGCGUUGAAUGUGCUCCAGGCGUGCCACGCAAGCAGUAUGCCCCUACCCCUCCGUGACGUCCCCAGAGACCAGCAACCCGCCCGUGAGCCGGAAACAAUCACCGAUGACACUAUCUAUACUUGUAUCGCGGCCCCCCGCCCGUCGGAUAUCAAGACGAUCAUGGAAACCCUUCUCAGCACUUCGGAUGUGACAUCCUGCUUGAACACAAUCCAAACGCUUAAAAUCAGUAAAGGACUGGCAUUGGCAGAUAUACUUACGGCAUUGGCGAAUGAACUGCAACAUAUAGAGGUGCCGGCGCAAACAAGAGUUGCAUGGCUGGAGGGCCUAGCGGAUAUUGAAUGGAGGUUAUCGGGAGGCGGAGCGGAAGCGAUACAGACCGGUGGAUUGGUGGGAGUUAUUCGGGGAGGAUGUGAGUUGAUAAGCGGCCGUGGAGUGCAGAUGGAGAGCUGA